AUGUGCCGUUUCUUGGUGUACAAAGGCAGCGACGAGAUUCUCCUCUCGAAGCUGAUUCUUGACCCGACACACUCUAUAUUGAAGCAAUCGUUUGACUCCCGCCUACGCUUAGACACCCGAAGGGGUCAAAACAAUGCAGAUGGCUUCGGCAUAGGCUUCUACACGGAUCCAAAGCUCGGCGCCGCGCCUUGCCUCUUCACAUCAACUAUUCCAGCGUGGAGCUGCACGAAUCUGCAACGAAUAGCUUCCAAGACGGCAUCACGUCUCAUCUUUGGCCAUGUUCGCGCCACGACCGAAGGUUCCCUGAGUGAGGAUAAUUGCCACCCCUUUACACACGCCAGUCUAAUGUGGAUGCAUAACGGUGGCCUCGGCGGCUGGAAACACAUCAAAAGAAGACUCGGCGACAGACUGGCGGAUAAAUGGUACCUUGAAGUCAAGGGCGGUACGGACAGCGAGUGGGCGUUUGCCCUAUUUCUUGAUACCCUAGAACAACUCGGCCACGACCCUAGCUCGUCGCCCGAAAAUGGCUUUGGGCCGACCGUUCUGCGUAAAGCCGUGGAGCAGACCAUUGCGCAGAUUAACGAGUUGACAGAUUCCAUUCCCCAGCACGUCUUACAAAAUGAAGACGUUGACGCCAGAAGUUUGCUCAACUUUGCCGUCACAGAUGGCCACAGUGUCAUCUGUACACGGUAUAUUAGCAGUUCCAAGGACGAAGCCGCAAGCCUGUACUAUUCCUCGGGGACGCAAUGGGUCACGAGGACGUCUGACCCGAAUGACAGGCAGUAUCAGAUGGAGCGGAAGGAUAAAGGGGCUGAUAUUGUGCUCGUUGCUAGUGAGCCAUUGACAUUUGAACGAGAAAACUGGGUUAAUGUUCCAACAAACUCUAUCCUCACCAUCCACCGUCAAACAGUCAUGAUGCACCCUAUCCUCGACAAAUACUACGAGCGUGACCCCUACCACGUCCGCUCCAGUGCCUUUGUCCAAACGAAGGGGUUGGUUUCCAACGAAAAAGCUCCCAGUGGCACGUCCAUCAGCCCUGGCGGCGGCGCAACGACACCUAGCUUUGACGGCUAUAGGAAGUUGGCUGCACAGACGCUCUGCUCCCGGAGCAUAAGCCCGGACUUGGCCAGACGGGCCAUGACGUCCCUUCCCGCAAAUGAAUCACGAUAA